GAUCGGCGGGCGGCGAUGGCGCCGCCGCCCAGGGACCACUGGGUCAGCUUCUUCCAGGGAGCCGGCGAGAACAUCUUCGACGCCAUCGAGGCGGCCAUCGACGUCGCCGCGUCCGACCAGCCCGCUGCCCUCCGCGCCAGGCGCGACGCCAUAGCCGAGCGCCUCUACACGGCGCUCCUCCUCGUGACCUCCGGCGCGCCCACCGCGGCGGCGGCCGCGGCGCGUCCCGCGGCGGGGGCGCCCGCCGCCGAGCCGCAGGCGCAGGCGCAGCAGCAGCAGCAGCAGCAGCAGCAGCUCCUCCCCGAGGGCGCCGCCAGCGUCCCCAGCCUCUGCAGCUCCGACCGCGCCGAGGCCAUUACCGACGACGGCGCGCCCCGCCACGACGACGACUCCGUCACCGCCGAGGCCGAGAAAAUCAAGGCCGUCCUCGUCAACUACCAGGAAAAGUCGGAGACGGCGUUGCUCGAUCUGCUCCGGCGGCUGCAGCAGCUGGAGUUCACGGUGCACACCUUGAAGGUCACUGCGAUUGGAAAGACUGUGACCAGCCUCCGGAAGCACAACUCCAAGCAGAUUCGGCACCUUGUCCGGUUGCUCAUCGGGGGUUGGAAGAGUAUAGUUGACGAGUGGAUGAGCAAUGGAGGUAGUGGAGACGCCAUUGUUGAUCACACCCCUCAGUCCAUGCAUCCGUCCAGUCUGGAGCAGGAAGACCGAGGAAUGUCAUCUCCUUCCGUGGACGAGGGGGCACUCUUCGCCACGCCGAGUACUUCCAUCCGGCUCUCAGAGGACAACCAAGGCUCUAGGAUGUUUGAUGGAAUGGAUGAUGCUGGAAAUACAAGGAACAGCGUACAGCGGUAUCCGGGGAGCCAAGAACCAAUUAGAAGGCCGCCGCAGGCAGUGGCCCAACAGUAUGACCCUGACCAGAGCUGGAGGCAAGAACAAUCUGCAGCAAGGCAAUCACGGCCGCAAGAACUGGCCAAUGGGCAAACGAGGGAGCAAUUCAUUGCAGCCAUGCUGGCGAAGCCCUCAAGUGCAGAGUCGGGUCCUGGGAGACCUCAAGUGAGGCCUAAGCAGCAGCAGGGUGCUUCGCCCGCUCAAGGCAGACCGCAACCGGUGCCAUCUGAUAAACCUGCAAGCAAUCCUGAUGCGAACUCGCUUCGAGCCAAGCUAGAUCUUGCAAAGAAUGCAAAGCUAGAAAUGGCAACUAACUCGAAGCUAGAGAUGACAAAGCGAAAGCUUCAGGAAGGGUACCAAGAAUUCGACAACGCAAAGAAGCAGAGGACUGUACAGAUGGUGGAUCCGCAAGAUAUACGGAAGCAGGGGAACCGAGGGUGGCAGCCGAGUGCCAAGGCGAGGAACAACAACAACAGCAGCAACACCAACAACAACCGGAAUUGGUCGAAAUGAGGCGCCGAUUCCCUCCAUCUACCGUUAGAACAUACCUUUGUUUCAUUUCCGCCCUUGGUCGGUCGGCGGGCGGCGUAAGAGCCCAGCCCGGUACAUAACAUCAGCAAUAAGGCUUCCUCGUGAAACUGUGUCCCGGAGCCGCGUUGGCGCUCUCCUGUGUUUGACUCUUUUUUUUGUUUUUGCUCUUGAUGAUGAUGAUGAUGAUGAUGGCUGGGUCAGCAUUAUAGUGUCCGUCAAAACCUGUAAAGAUGAGACUAGUUUGUGAUACUAAUCGAUGGUGUUUUUUUGCUUCCUCGGAUGGAACGCAAACGGUUCA